GGCCUCAGUUUCCCAUCUUGAAAGUCGCCAUUUCAUUGUCGUAAGCCGGUCAGCGUUGAUCGUCGAUGUAUCAAAACAAACAGUUCAAGUUUGUUUUACUUGACAUUUGUCUAAAACAAUAAAUCCGUGAAUAAAAACAAUUAUUUCCAUAUUUAAAUAACAAAACAUCAAAACAGGAAUAAUGAGUCGACGUAAGCGAGCAAAGGUUGAGUACAGAGAAAUGGAAGAAAAAUAUAAUCAAGUUGAAGAUGAAAAUGCAUCUGAUACAUCUGAUAAAUCCAAGACAGGGCUUGGUACCCCGGAGAAAAAAAAUUUAAACGAGACACCGAAAAUAACUGAGCCAAUAGCAGCUCCAGUGGCUGCUCCGGCACAGCCAGCUCCCAAAGUUGAAGUAAAAGAUGAUGAUGAGCAGGACAGCGAUCACGAAGAUCCUCAUGUCAAAGAACUUUUAAAUGGACUGGAAGGUGCCGCGUUCCAAAGUCGUUUGCCAUUCGAUAAAUUGACAUCAACUGAAGCUGUAUGUUUUCCUGAUGUCUCUUCAGGUCCACCACAGACUCAGAAAGUUUUCCUCCACAUCCGAAAUCGUUUGCUUCAGCUGUGGCUGGAGAAUGCAAAGCAGCAGUUGAUUAUAGAAAACGCUCUUCCGGCGAUAGAAGCUCCUUACAACAGUGACCCGGUGCUCACUCGACGUAUCCACGCCUUCCUUGAACGUCAUGGUUUCAUAAAUUUCGGUGUCUUCAAACGAUUAAAGCCGAUACCGGAAAAGAAAAUCGGGAAGGUUGUGAUUAUUGGUGCUGGUAUCGCUGGACUCGCCGCUGCUCAGCAGAUGCAGCAGUUUGGGAUCGAAGUUAUUGUUCUGGAAGCGAGGGAUCGAGUGGGAGGAAGAAUCGCGACGUUUCGCAAAGGCUCAUAUAUUGCGGAUCUGGGUGCUAUGGUUGUUACGGGGCUGGGUGGUAAUCCUGUUACUACUCUGAGUAAACAGAUCAGUAUGGAGCUGCACAAAAUUAGGCAGAAGUGUCCUUUGUAUGAAAGUGAUGGCCAAACGGUACCGAAGGAUAAAGACGAAAUGGUAGAGAGAGAAUUUAAUCGUUUGUUAGAAGCGACGUCAUAUCUCUCACACCAAUUAGACUUUAAUUAUAUCGGCGGUGCGAGUACUACAGGACAAACUGGUAGUACAAAGCCAGUGUCAUUAGGACAAGCUUUAGAGUGGGUAAUUAGAUUACAAGAGCAAGGAGUUAAACAACGUCAAGUUGCUCAUUUACGUUCGGUUUUGUCUCUGCAAGGCAGACUCCUCGCUAAUCAACAACGGAUGAUUUCCAUCAAAGAAAGACUAGCGGAGUUGAAUAAACACCACAAAGAAAUGUCUGAACGUAAGCCGCAAGUGCAUGAUAUCACCCACGAGUUCGUACUUCGGUCAAAAUUACGAGAUUUGCAUUACGCUUGCAAGGAGUGGGACCAACUCGCUGAGCAGCAAAAAGAAAUAGAAGCUAAAUUACAAGAAUUAGAGGCUUCGCCUCCAAGUGACGUUUAUUUAUCAUCGAAAGAUCGACAAAUUCUUGACUGGCACUUCGCGAAUCUAGAAUUCGCGAAUGCUACUUCGCUGUCAAACCUGAGCUUGAAACACUGGGACCAGGACGACGACUUCGAGUUCACAGGCAGUCAUCUAACCGUUAGAAAUGGUUAUUCGUGUGUGCCCGUUGCACUCUCAGAGGGACUCGAUAUCCGAUUAAACACCGCGGUAAGAAUCGUCCGGUACAAUGAUACCGGUGUUGAAGUAUGGGCAGCACCCUCUAGGAGUCCACACACCAAUGUAACUGUCCACAAAGCUGACGCGGUCCUGGUGACGCUGCCACUCGGGGUUUUAAAAGCUUCAAAGCCACCCUCGGCAGUAAACUUCGACCCGCCACUUCCGGACUGGAAGUCGCAGGCAAUUCAACGUCUUGGAUUUGGUAACUUAAAUAAGGUUGUGCUGUGUUUUGAGCGUAUUUUUUGGGAUCCAACAGCUAAUUUGUUCGGGCAUGUUGGUAGCACAACAGCCUCCCGCGGUGAGCUAUUUCUGUUCUGGAACUUGUACAAGGCACCCGUUCUCUUGGCUCUUGUUGCAGGCGAGGCUGCUUGCGUUAUGGAAAAUGUCAGUGACGACGUUAUUGUCGGUCGCUGCAUUGCUGUGUUAAAAGGUAUAUUUGGCAACCAAGUCGUGCCACAACCGCGUGAGAGUGUCGUUACGCGGUGGCGCGCGGAUCCAUGGGCACGCGGGUCCUAUAGUUAUGUCGCGGUAGGCAGUUCUGGAAGUGAUUACGAUCUUCUUGCUGCUCCUGUUGCACCGCCAGCCCCGCCAAAUCACCCGUCCGGAGCACCACAACCACUUCCACGAGUCUUCUUUGCUGGUGAGCACACAAUCAGAAACUAUCCAGCGACAGUGCACGGCGCAUUUCUGAGUGGAUUGCGCGAGGGCGGUAGAAUAGCAGAUCAGCUUUGCGGAAGUCCUUACGCGCCGCCAAACAUACCAACAUCUACAACCAACACACCAGCAACAUCAACAACCAGCGCAUCUCAAUAAACCAGAAAAUACCCCGUGCAACGCAUCUUCGAACAACACUAUUUUAAAAUAAUUUUGCCUCCGCUUUGCAGAAAACCAUCCAAUUUCACUCAUUCCAUUCCAAAUACUUUUAGCAAAAACCCGAAAAAGUUACAGUCCAAACAUAAACUACCAGCCUUCCGCUCCAAUAGUUCCGUAGUUUUUUUUUUUCGUUUGUGCGUUAACUUUUUUUUCGUUUUUCAUUAAAUCUUUUUCUCUACAAACUUUUUCAUUAUGACUUUGAAUCUGAGUUUGAAUAGAAACCCAGAAGGGAGUCUACUCUCGAGACCUAUAACUAAACAAAAAAGGUUUUUUUUUUAUCUACAAUCUGUUGGCAUCAGUUUUAGAAGCUAUUGAAUUUUUAUCGAUCGAUUAAAACGGUUGUUACAUUGUUGGCUUUGUUAAUGCUUUGAAUUACUUUCUAUUGCUAACAUAUAUAUUUAUAUGAAGGGAGUAUCGUGACAAUUAAAAUAAUAAAAAUAAAAUUCUCAAAUAA